CGCGUAGUGGGCGGGGUCUAAAUGGAUCGGUCUAUUAACUCGCAGGUUUCGAUGUAAUUAUUCAAUAAAAUAAAGGAGGAAAAUGAUAAUGUAGAAAUCAGUUUUGGCGAAAAUCCUUGGGAGUGUUCCUCGCUAAAUCAAACUGAAGUCAAUGACUGAAUUGCUUCUACUUUUUAACCACAAUUCAGUUUUCCGAAAUUUCCAAAACACAGUUUUUCUUUUGGAGAGUCGACAAGUCAGAUCCGAGACUAUGAAGACUCUGUUCUUGCUGGUGGUUUUGGGUGUGGCGUCCUCAUCCAACGGACAAUUUGAGAUACCUGAGCCUGAGGAGGAAUGGGCAGGUCCUGUGCCACCAUGUCAGUUAGAAGUCAAUGCGGCCGAACCUUGGGAUGUCCUGCCUGACUGCGAUGAGUCUGGCUUCCACGUCCCCAAGCAGUGCAACGCUGACCGCACCUUGUGUUGGUGCGUGUCUCGCUGCGGUGACCCGUUCAUGGAAACCAAAGGCGGACCGGAUAUCGUCUGUGAGCCGGAUGACCCUCCCUGUACAAAGGAAUUGGCAAGCGCCACCGGCACCGGGAUGAGGUUCGGUAAAUUUAAGCCCCGUUGCCACGCCAACGGAUUCUACCAUCACACGCAGUGUAGGGGGUCCGUUUGUUGGUGCACGGACCGCUGUGGUAACCAGAUUCCAUCGUCCAAACACAGCAUCGGGACAAGGGGAGUUUGCGAAUGCCCAAAUGACGACUACGCCUGGAAGUGUACUACCAACCCAUGUGACCUGGAGACUACUAGAUGCCCUGCCCACCCCGACGCCGUUUGCAAGCCCUCUAUGUGCGGAGGAUGCGUCGCCAAGUUUUAUGUUGAAGAUAAGGAAGUCGAGUGUGCAUUGCCAGAUCCAGAGACGUUGCAGUCCCAAUGCACUGACUACAACGGCAAUAAACACGAACCCGACGAACGAUGGAAAAUGGACAAAUGCACGCAAUGCGAGUGCAUGGAUGGGGAAGCGGUCUGCAUGUCGCCCUCGUGUGCCGGUCCGCCGAUGCGCUGGGAAUACUGCUUGGUCAAGCCCGGGAUGGAGGACGUCUGCUGCCCAGACUUCGACUGCAUAGGUUGCCUGGACUCUGAUGGAAGGACCCAUUAUGAUGUAGGGGAGACAUGGAGCGAGGGUGGUCCCAGCAGCUGCAAUCUCUGCACGUGUAACGACAACAACAAUGUGUCCUGCGUCAGGGAGCUCUGUCCCGGCGUCAAUCGCUACAUCCCCCCUCUCUGCCGAUGGGUCAUUCGGACCGGGGAGUGCUGUCCGAGGGACGAUAGCCAAAACGGCAUUGUUUGCGACGAACCCAUCUCUGCCUGCGAACCGGGCAGUGUCGUGAUGCAAGACUGCCCCUCGGAUCUCUGCCUAACAGCGACCUGCGACGGACACCCCGACGCUACGUGUAAAAUCAGCCACUGCGGGACGUGCCACACCGUCUUCUACGACGGCGACGGCGCGAAGGUGGCAUGUCAAAAUGAGGCUGUAGUCAUGGAGGCAUUGUGCUCUGGAUCAAUGACCACCUGUAUCGUGUCCCCAUGUGACGCCGGGGCAGUCUGCCGUGAUUACCCCGAAGCAGCCUGUCACGUUGAACUCUGCAAUCAGUGCGACCCGUUGUUUUUCAACGAGAGAAACGAGCCGUUGGUUUGUGGCGAGAUCAGAGAGAUGUGCGAUGAGACUCACGCUGUCGGCGACCAUUGGGAAGAAACCUGUAUGACCUGCGAGUGCCAUCAGAGCGCCCUCAUUGCCUGUAUACCGCACGAGUGUGGCCUGGCCCCGCCCCUUCCCGUCCGAUGCCGCUGGGCUAAGCGAACCCCCGACGAGUGCUGCCCGUCAAAAAUGGUCUGCGAAGAACCGCUAUCUGACUGUCCGUUCAGUGCAUCGGUCGCGUCGUCCUGCCCGGACGACCUCUGCGACACGACCUGUGAAGGUCACCCCAACGCGACCUGUCUCAUCAGCAGAUGUGGCGGCUGCUCUGCCAAAUUCUUCGAUCAGAACAACCAAACGGUGCAAUGCGAGGGUGGAACACUGCAAGUGGAGCCCAAGUGCCCCACUGACGUCCCCGUGUUGACGUGUUUCGCGUCGCCGUGUGACGUCAAGACAUGCGAUCAUUACCGGUUCCCCGACGCAGUCUGCCACGUUGACUACUGCCAACCCUGCACGGCCGUCUUCCAUUGCCCUUGCAACAAUCUGCUGGAUUGCGAGGAGAAAGGCAAGAAGGAUACUAUCGAAUGCAAGGAUUCCUCCAAUAACAAACACGACCUGGGCGAGACGUGGCUGGAAGGCUGCAACGAGUGUACGUGCGAAGAGACGGGUAUCCCAACAUGCCGAGCUAAGACGUGCGACGCCGCUCUUAACCUAGCCACCUGCGAAGGGGGUCACCGCGUGGGUGAAAUUUGGGAAGGCUCCUGCAUGACCUGUGAGUGCUCCCCCUCUCUGACCCCCGUCUGUAUACCCCAUGAGUGUGGCCGGGCCCCGCCCAUCCCCGACCGAUGCUACUUGGCCAAGCAGACUCCUGACGAAUGCUGCCCUAGCAAGGUCGUCUGUGAAGAAGCUCUUUCGCUCUGUCGCGAGGGUACCGCGGUGGCGCCAUCUUGCCCGGACGACCUCUGCGACGCGACCUGCGAAGGUCACCCAGACGCCACCUGUCUCAUCAGCAGAUGUGGCGGCUGCGAAGCGAGAUACUUCGACGAGAGUGGACAACGGGUCCCCUGCGGGCAAGGGCUAAUUGUAUCCCAGCCAGUCUGCCCGGAGGACACGCCCCCGGUAACGUGCCUCAUUGUGUUCUGUGAACUCCACCCGUGUGUGAAUUACCCGGAUGCCGUGUGUCACAUCGACUACUGCCGGCCGUGCGAAAUAGUCUACUACGAUGAACUCAACCAGAAGAUCGACUGCUCAGUCGAAACUAAGGUGGACGAAAUCGAGUGUAAGGAUUCCUCCAAUAACAAACAUGACGAGGGCGAGACUUGGAUGGAGGGAUGCAACGAGUGUACGUGUGAAGCGACGGGUAUCCCAUCAUGCCGAGCAAAGACAUGCGACACCGCCACCUGCGAAGGCGGUCAGCGCGUGGGUGAAAUGUGGGAGGAAUCCUGUAUGACCUGUGAGUGCGCCCCCUCUCUGACCCCCGUCUGUAUAGCCCAUGAGUGUGGCUUGGCCCCGCCCAUCCCCGACCGAUGCCACUUGGCCAAGCAGACUCCUGACGAAUGCUGCCCUAGCAAGGUCGUCUGUGAAGAAGCUCUUUCGCUCUGUCGCGAGGGUACCGCGGUGGCGCCAUCUUGCCCGGACGACCUCUGCGACGCGACCUGCGAAGGUCACCCCGACGCCACCUGUCUCAUCAGCAGAUGUGGCGGCUGCGAAGCGAGAUACUUCGACGAGAGCGGACAACGGGUCCCCUGCGGGCAAGGGCUAAUCGUGAUCCAGCCAGUCUGCCCGGAGGACACGCCCCCGGUAACGUGCCUCAUUGUGUUCUGUGAACAAUCCCCGUGUGAGAAUUACCCGGACGCCGUCUGUCACAUUGACUACUGCCGGCCGUGCGAAAUUGUUUACUACGAUGAACUCAACCAGAAGAUCGACUGCUCAGUCCAAACUAAGGUGGACGAAAUCGAGUGUAAAGAUUCCUCCAAUAACAAACAUGACGAGGGCGAGACUUGGAUGGAGGGAUGCAACGAGUGUACGUGUGAAGCGACGGGUAUCCCAGUGUGCCGAGCAAAAACAUGUGACACUGCCACCUGCGAAGGCGGUCACCGCGUGGGUGAAAUGUGGGAGGGAUCCUGCAUGACCUGUGAGUGCUCCCCCUCUCUGACCCCCGUCUGUAUACCCCAUGAGUGUGGCUUGGCCCCGCCCAUCCCCGACCGAUGCCACUUGGCCAAGCAGACUCCUGAUGAAUGCUGCCCUAGCAAGGUCGUCUGUGAAGAAGCUCUUUCGCUCUGUCGCGAGGGUACCGCGGUGGCGCCAUCUUGCCCGGACGACCUCUGCGACGCGACCUGCGAAGGUCACCCAGACGCCACCUGUCUCAUCAGCAGAUGUGGCGGCUGCGAAGCGAGAUACUUCGACGAGAGCGGACAACGGGUCCGCUGCGGGCAAGGGCUAAUCGUAUCCCAGCCAGUCUGCCCGGAGGACACGCCCCCGGUAACGUGCCUCAUUGUGUUCUGUGAACAAUCCCCGUGUGAGAAUUACCCGGAUGCCGUCUGUCACAUUGACUACUGCCAGCCGUGCAAAAUAGUUUACUACGAUGAACUCAACCAGAAGAUCGACUGCUCAGUUGAAACUAAACUGGACAAAAUUGAGUGUAAGGAUUCCUCCAAUAACAAACAUGACGAGGGCGAGACCUGGAUGGAAGGAUGCAACGAGUGUACGUGUGAAGCGACGGGUAUCCCAGCAUGCCGAGCAAAAACAUGUGACACUGAUCCAAUGCCACAGUGCAACCCCGAUGAGUACCAGGAAAGCCCGCGAGGUGUCCAGACUCUCCACCGCUGCCUGAAGAACGGCCAGUUCUCCCCCAAGCAGUGCGACACCUCCGGUCACUGCUGGUGCGCCAAUCCGGACGGUUCUGUUGCGACCGAGCAAUUUGAUGUGCCAACAGGGAAAGAGUUGGUCUGUGUUUCAGAGCCGCCCUGCCACAGAGAGCUCCUGAACAACAAACACAAGACCGAGAGGGGAGAGGUCGUGACCUCUGACCCCGUCUGCAGCUCCACGGGAUGGUACGAGCCGGCCCAGUGCAGUCCCGCGACCGGCGAAUGCUGGUGCAGCGAGAGAGACGGAACGGUGGUGAUCGGUUCCAUCAGACGGCAAGGAGAACCACUGGAUUGCAAUGCACAAUGUCUCGGUGAUGCAAGUAACAUUGUUGCCAGCAUAGUUUGCUCCAAGCAGUACAACGGUUGCCCUAGCGACGCGUUCUGUCACAUUCCGCCCAAUCACACCAAGGGCAAAUGUUGCUACCUACCGUCAAGAGCCAUGCCUUGAUUGCUUGUAGACAGAUUCUGAGCAGACUUCGACAACGUUUUUGUUUCCAAUUAUAUGGACAAGUAACUGUAAUACACAAAAAUCUUAACCUUAAAUCUACUUUCUUUGAUGUUCGUUUGAGUGUUGAUGUGAUCAUUAAUGUGCCUAAAUUUGUAGUUGUAAACAUGUAGGGUAAUUCCAAAUGGUAGAUCUAGCAUUGCACAAACCAGAGGACUGACUUUUGAAGUUCAGCGUAGAAGUACUUUAAAUUUUUUGUACAUGUAUGUAAACCCAAAGUGGCUAUGUACAUGUACUACUACUUAACAAUUUUUUAUGAAAGAAAAAUAGAUAUGAGAUUGAAGUGUGCUUAUUUACUGCAUAAAUAACUUUUCCAUUCUGCGAUUCUUUGAUUAAAAGCAAUGUCCACAAAAUUUAAAAUAUCAUGAAAUAUCCUACUUGAUUGUAAGUAAAUAAUAGGAUCAAGCAUCCUGUCAAAUCGCUGCGCCUGGAAUGCUGUCAUUUUCAAGAUACAGGAAUUAUCGUCAUUUUCUCUUAACCAGUUCAUGCUGGGAUUAUUGCGACAAGAACGGAACCAGGCGUGGGAUUAUUUUUCACUUCACCCCAAGCCAGGCGGGUUGAAGCCAUCACCCUCGGGCAGCACCCUCAUAUUUCCGGCCUCGCUCGCUGUGAGCGGAUCACUGACAGAUAUUUCUGGCCUCGCUCCCUGCGUGUUUCAUUUGUCAUCCGUUUCAAAUACCACAAAACUUUGGCGUGUGAACAUGGCCUCAGGCGCGAACUGGUCAAUGGUCAUGACCAAACCAUCGCAGGGGGAAAAUAAACUGAUCGAAUUCGUGAAUGAGAAUUAUUUUCCUGGGUGACAAAUUGGUAUCAUACCGCAUGAGGGCGCAAGUAAAAAUGUAUUAAUGAACAUUUUGGAAGAAAGAGCUUUCAACGGAAACCCUGCUUUGAAUCAAGAAAAAAACAAAGUGUUUUUACACUUUUUUCACAAUUUUCCACCGAGCUGAAAUUUUGAUUGUUUACUUCUUAAUAACCUGCUUCAGAUUUUUUGUAAUGUUCCUCGAAGUGGCAAAAAUAUGUAUUUUUGUUUAGCAAAUGGUGCCCAUUACCUUUUAGUUAGUUGUUUGUCGUAUUUUAUUGUGGUAUAUUAAAAGAUUAGAUUAAGAGUUACAUUAGAUUGAGUUACAUUAGAUUUAAUGAAGAAAAGUGCUUGCAACAGUAAAACAAGAUUUCAGCCAACUGCAAACAGAAAGAAAAUUGAAGAAUCACACAGGUUUUUUUGAAAUGUGAAAUUCAUAUGUUUUCAAUCUCUUUUAUUUGGACGUUUUGUAACAAAAUUGUUUACUAUUUUGUUUGCUAAUAAAGGACGAGUUAUCAUGGACAACAAAUGUGUCAUUUUGUGUCAUUUUAAAGCUACGCAGAAACAUUGCAAUUACCGGAAAAGUCUCAAAGUGAAGAUGGGACUGUUAUGAAAUACCCUGUGAAAUUAUUCUGCCUGAAAAGUUAUUGUUUGGAAGCAAAACUAUUAUUCAAGGCGUUUUUAAAAAAGUGUGCAUGUGGGCACACUUUAAUAAACAUUUUUUGACACUGCGUACAUUUUCUCCGUUUUGUCAAAAUGUCCACUGAGCUGAAACUUUAACACUUUAGGUGUUAUGCAACUUAAAAUCUUGAGCAAUUUUGUUGCUGCAAACAUAAAAACUGUGAGUAAUUGGCCAUUUUGUCAAACAUGCCAAAACAGCCUUUGUUUUUGCUAAGAUUUGUUUUUCCCUUUGUUUUCUUCUUCUUUUUGAAGUUCUUCUUUUUGAAGUUUGAAGUGACAUCACGAUGACGUCAUUACAUGACAUAUUACGUCAUUAAUUUUUCGAAGGCCUAUAUCAACAAAACUAUGUCCCGAUUGUGUUGUAACUUGGUAUGUACCUUCGUUAGGAUGUGUAAUACAUACAACUAUCGGUUUAUAAUUCGACUUGAACAUGCAUUAACGAAAUGCCGAAAAAGCCAAGUGUUUGUCCACAAACAUAAGUAAAUCUAGUUUACAAUGUAUCCAUAUUAGAUAAUACUAACUUGGGUGGACAGAAACUGUGAAUAAACGUGACUGAAAAGAUCACCUGGUAUAACAAUACAAAAGCUCUAUGACAUUAUUUGUUGUUUAAAAAGGGACAAAAGUCUGGCUGUGU